UAGACCAAUCAGUUGAACGAAAGUCAAAAUGGGUUUCUGGAUUAAUUUUGGAUUGAUCUUGGGGUUUCUUUUCGCGGUGUUGUUCUUGGCUGAUCUAAUAGAUAAGCAAGGUCGACUGUUUCGUGCUAUGGAAAAGUUUCCCGGACCCCCGGUGCGUCCAAUCAUUGGAAGUGUGGAGGAGAUUAUGUUCUUGAAUCAAGCAACGACCUUCGAGUGGACACGCCGCUGGGCGAAACGCUACCAAGCUUCGUACCGAUUCUGGCUGAACAGCUCAAUCUUCGUGCUGAACGUAAUCCGCGUACGCGAAGUAGAGCCGCUGCUUUCGAGCACGAAGAACAUCGACAAGAGCCGAUUCUACCAGUUUCUGCACCCUCUGCUGGGGCUGGGACUGCUGAACAGCGGCGGGUCAAAGUGGUUGCAUCGAAGACGCAUUUUGACGCCGACGUUCCACUUUAACAUUCUCAACGGGUUCCACCGGACGUUCGUCGAGGAGUGUGAGCUGUUGGUGGGUACGCUGGAUGAGCACGCUGCUUCGGGGAAGGCCACCGCACUCCAGCCGGUAAUGUCGCGCUUCACGCUGAGCACAAUUUGCGAAACUUCUAUGGGCGUUAAGUUGGCUUCGAUGGCAGGGGCUGAUGAGUACCGCAAGAAGUUGUACGAAAUUGGUGAAAUACUUGUUCAUCGGCUGAUGCGACCCUGGCUGAUCAGUGACUUUGUCUGCAAGAUCACCGGUUACCAAGCCGUCUUGCGGAAGCUACUGCGACCGGUGCAUGCCUUCACGACUGGUAUCAUCAACCAGCGACGUGAGCUGUUUCAACGGAACCCGGAAACCUUCGAUGAUCUGACAGCUGAAGAGAAUGUUUACACCAACACCAAGAAGCGUUACGCCAUGCUGGAUUCGCUGCUUCGAGCCGAGCAGGACCAGCUGAUCGACGCCGACGGAGUUCGCGAAGAGGUCGACACGUUUACCUUCGAAGGGCACGACACUACGGCGUCGGCGCUGGUGUUUAUUUUCUUUCAGCUUGCCCGAGAACAGACCGUUCAAGAGCGUAUCUUCAACGAGAUCCACGCACUGUACGACCGGAAACCGCAAGCGGACAAGUCGUUCCGGCCGCAGGACUACGCCGAGCUAAAGUUCAUGGAUCGUGCGCUGAAGGAGUGCCUCCGGCUGUGGCCACCGGUUACGUUCAUCUCUCGAGCCAUCACCGAUGAUAUCGUACUGGCAGACGGUGCCUUGUUGCCAGCUGGUUGCGUGGCAAACGUGCAAAUCUUUGACCUCCACCGAGAUCCGGAGCAGUUUCCUGAUCCCGAGCGAUUCGACCCGGAUAGAUUUCUGCCGGAAAGCGUGGACAAGCGGAAUCCGUAUGCUUAUGUUCCGUUCAGCGCUGGACCGAGGAACUGCAUUGGACAAAAGUACGCAAUGAUGGAGCUGAAAGUAGUCGUCGUGCAUACGCUGCUGCGGUUCCGGGUUCUGCCGGUUACGCGACUUGAGGAGGUUAACUUUGUGGCGGAUUUGGUGCUAAGGAGCACCAAUCCCAUAGAAGUGCGGUUUGAGAGGCGCUAGAAGGUUUUUGACAUUGGUAUCGAUUCAUACCUUGCUUGUGAAAACAAAUAUCAAAAGAGAGCCGGUAUCUCGUCAGAAUCUGAACAAAAAAUAUGAUAAAUCGAAGAAAGUUUUAUUGAAAAAAAACUUGGUUAUUACAAAUCAUUUUAUUGUAAAAAUGCUGUUUAAGUUUUAGUAACUAGCAUUGAAGUUUAAAAAAAUCGUUUUCAAAAACAACAAAACAACACCGUUUUGCACAAUCACCAGCCCAGUGUCAGCUUAAACUUCACCAUGCAUCGUUGCUUAGUUGCUGAGGAAAAAGCCAAAGCAGCAGCUUUGGAAACCACACACCACAAAUUUUGUACGAUUUUUCACUAUUACAAACAUCUCUCUGGUUGUCAAUAUUCAUGGGACCGUCGAGGAAGAGAAUCAUCAGUUUACAGAACGAUGCAAAAUGAAGACUCGAUUGAAAAUAUAUUUUUCCUGAUUCCAAUAAUAGGCAAUUUUCAUUUUUGAAGAUUUGAAAAGAACAUUAAAUUUCCCAUAAAAUGACAUGUUCCAAAAAAUUUACAGACAAGUAACGGAAAAUGGGAGAACUUAAAUUUUUUUUUUAGGAAUUCUGAGUAUGCCAUCAAAUUGGGCGUCCAAUUUUACAUAAAAGUCCCUUUGACACCAAAUGUCUAUCUCAUCACCGUUUCAGGCUGCAAAUUAUUGAAAAACACCACUUUUUCAAAUGUUCAAAAAUGAAAGCGGUCGUACCGCCCCUCCGUCACGAGAUAUCAAAAAACGGACUUCGGAUUCGUGAUCAAAGACAAAAGUUGCCCCUUAGAACAAAGUUUCACGCAAAUUAAACAGGUAAAUAUC